UUCUGACAGUAUCGACCGCCGUUCUGGACAUUGUGCCUGGGAUGAUUAACAUUCGACCAAGACAGCUUGACUCCCAAGCCUUGCUGCGAGGCUCAUCUAACUCAAAGGCAAAUGCAACCUGCUGGCACUAGCUCCUCCCUGGCGCUGUUUUAGCGUAUAGUUUUUCAAUAUCCGAACGGGAAGAAGGCAUAGGGUUGGAGAUACUUUUUGAUUUCAUGGCCAGCCUCGCAGAUAUUCGCACCAAGAUAGAUGUUGCCGAGGGUGUAACACUACUUGGGGGGCCCGAAAUCCUUCUGUACCCAACUCAAAUACUGGAGUGCGGUGUACAAUGGCACUGCACCGAGAUCGACGGUAACCGUUCCGGGGAGGACGGUCAGGUCCCCACCGGAGCCCUUCCAAACCAGUCCCUCCAGGACCUCUCGAAUCGAAGGGCAUUUCUGGGGUUUUGGACCAAGUCUCAGGUACUCUUGGGAACGCAGGAUCUUGUCGAAACUCUGCGGGCUAGAAAAGACCUGGAGUUGAGAUUUGAGAAAGCACCUGGAGGGAUCGAGCUUACACGAGAAGGGACAUUCAGUGCGGGCUUCUCUCUCAAUGCACAGGCGAGCAUCGGUAUCAAGGCGGUUUUCUCGAAAACAUUGCAAGUAUCACUAGAUCAAGGCAGGACAUACCUUGAUCUUGUUGACAAGGCAGCAGUCCAAUCAACGAUUGUCUACGACGAGCAGACCAGGUCCGGAUGGGUCAUCUCGGAGAUGAGCCUCGCAUUACACAUUGCCCUAUCUUAUCUCUCUAAUCCUCGAGUUUAAGAAAGACGACGUAGUGGCCCUGAACUACUCGAGGGAGAUUGGCCACAACUGCCGUUUGCUGAGCCCUGUGCUGAUGGUGGCUUAGAAGCACGCAGGAUCGGUAUCGAAUCGACCAACUGCCAGAUCAAACUAUGGUCAGAAAAUGGGAAAACGAAAACGUUUUGCAAAGUCAUAGAGGAUGUUCUACGGG